UCUCUUCCUCCUCCUCCUCUGUUUGGCGCCGACCGAAAGCUUCUUGAUUUUCAUUAUCCCAUUGGAAUUCUCAGAGCGGAGCUCGUUGGAAGAAGAUUCGCCAUGGAGCCUCUGCAAUCUCCUGCCUCCAUGGACGUCGAGGCGGCUCCGGCGGAGCCCAACUUGCCCGCGAAGCCCCUGUUCGCGCCGCUGAAGGCGCACGAGAUGUCCGACGGGCGGGUCCAGUUCCGCAAGGUGUCCGUCCCGCCGCACCGGUACUCGCCGCUGAAGAAGUUGUGGAUGGACAUCUACACCCCGGUCUACGAGCACAUGAGGAUCGACAUCCGCAUGAACCUCAAGGCUCGCAAGGUCGAGCUCAAGACGAGGCGGGACACCCCCGACGUCAGCAACCUCCAGAAGUGCGCCGACUUCGUGCAGGCCUUCAUGCUCGGGUUCGACGUCCCGGACGCCGUCGCGCUGCUGCGGCUGGACGAGCUCUACGUGGAGUCCUUCGAGAUCAAGGACGUGAAGACCCUGCGGGGCGAGCACCUGUCGCGCGCGAUCGGGAGGUUGUCGGGUAAAGGCGGCAAGACCAAGUUCGCUAUCGAGAACGCGACGAAGACGAGGAUCGUGAUCGCGGAUUCCAAGAUCCACAUACUGGGUUCUUUCGCCAACAUCAAGAUUGCUAGGGAUUCGCUCUGUAGCUUGAUUCUGGGUUCACCCGCCGGUAAGGUGUACUCGAAGCUCAGAGCCGUGAGUGCAAGACUUGCCGAGAGAUUUUGAAAUUGGGAUUCUUUUGAGCUUCAUCUUGAUGCUAUUCGCGGACUAGAUUGCUCAAAUUUUUGUUACGGAGAUUGAGAGGUGGAGAGUAUGUAAUCUAUUGCCAAGAGAAAGCGUUAUAAGAAGAUCAUCAUGUUUCUCUCA